AUGAACGCGGCGGAUGUUGAACUUCCAGAGCAGGGCAACCGGAAUGUCCAGUCAUCACGAUCAACGACAAGUCGGCCUACGCGCUUCAUGUCGCUGUCUAUCUUGCGAUCGAACGGCGGUGAAGACGGAGGCUUGGGUGAGGUGAUAUCCGGCCUCAGCGUCAGACAGACCAGCAUCCCAGUGGUUAUCGGCCUGCGAGCGAGGACGUCCGGGGUUCUUGUAGAGAUCAUGGGGCACAGCCCCGUACGGGUAGCGAACCGGCGCGUUGUCAGCCACUCGGCCGGUCUUGGCGUCCGCCGACAUGGACAACCGGCAGAGACCGAGCAGAUGUACAGCGGCAGACAAGGAGAUGGCGCGUAG